UUGUCUUCGUCUUUGUAGAGUUUCACAUGAUCACGGCAAACGAAAGUAAAGUAAAAUGCCAAAGUUAACUCCUGAUGCAAAAAAUCGAUUGUUGAGUGUAUUGAAAGUAGCGAAAUUGAGCUUUCACUUUGGGUUUAUUCCAUUUAUUAUAUAUCUUGGAUUCAAAAAAGGAGGCGAACCAGGAAUGCCAGAACCAAGUUUAGCCAGCUUGCUGUGGGCAUAACAUUGUAGAUUGACUUGCUGUGCUCUAAGUUGUUUUAACUAAGAUUAUAUCACCUGCACCAAUCCACCAACCAUGAAAGUUCUAUUAGCAUGUGAUUUUGACCAUACAAUAAUUAAUGAUAACUCGGACACGUGGGUCCUGCAGCUGUCAUCUGACAAAGUUCCUGCCGAUAUUCGAUCAAGAUAUGAUAUUCACGGAAGCUGGACAGAUUACAUGGAUGAAAUCUUCAAGUUUCUGCACUCUAAAGGAAUCACACCAGAACAGAUCAUCAACCACAUGCAGAAGAUACCAUUUGUAGAUGGUAUGAAAGAGCUGCUGCUGUUACAGGCACAAUCACAAUCUGUGGACUGUAUCAUAUUGUCCGAUUCAAAUAAAAUAUUCAUAAAUUGCAUUUUGGAAGCAUCAGGCUUGUUAGAAUCCAUUGGUGCAGUCUACACGAAUCCAGCUGAGUUCCAAGAAAAUGGAUGUUUGUCUGUUAGUCAUUAUCAUAAGCAUGGAUGUCAGCUCUGCCCCGUCAACCUCUGCAAGACCGAAGUCUUGCAGAAUUAUCUGAAGACGUGUAGGGAAAACGGCAAGGUUUAUGAUGUUGUUGUUUUUGUUGGUGAUGGUGGCAACGAUUUCUGUCCAUGUCUAAAUUUGAGCGAGAGGGAUGCGGUUUUUGCGAGAAAGGGUUACAGACUUGUUCGAAAAAUAGAAAAAUUGACAUCCAAUAAGAAAUCAAAUUUAAAACCUGAAGUGAAAAUCUGGGAAAGUGGUUUUGAAAUUAAGAGCCACCUAGAAAGUUUACUUAAGUAAUUAUAUAUUCAGUGGCAGGCACUAUACUUCUAUCACUAGGAAUUUCAUGUUAAACAGACUUGGAAUUAAUAUAACUGUUCCCUGUACAGAUAGGGAAAUUUGGGAAAUAAAUAUAUCUACCUUUUA